CUUCUUCAGCUCGGUUGCUGCUGUUUUGAAUUCUUCCUUUGAAGUCCCAGGGGAAUACGAUGAGCUCUCGGGAUGAUCUUUCAGAAGCUCGUUUUCAGUUUUGCCGAUCGCUAAAGAUGGAGUUUUUAUUGUAUUUAUUGUCCGCAGAACUUCUCUAAGAAGCCCUGUUUUCGGAUUCGUGGUGGUUUCUUGGGCUAUUGGAAACUGAUAGGGAGAGAGAGGAGGAAGCUACCUGUAAUCAAGAGCGAGUUAGGUUUUCUGGGAUAAAGCUUUCGAUUUGUUUCGGUUCACAUACCUUGACUUGCUCGAGAGAUUAGAUUAGCAGCUCUUCUGUUCUCUAGUAAUGGGAGCUCAUCCCAUGGAUGGGGGAAGUUAUUACCAGAGUGAAGCUGCUGCAUUGGGGCCAGAAGAUGGAUCCGUCGCCGCGAAACAAAAGCUAGCGAAGAACGGGCUUCGGAUUCGAUUCAAGUGUCAGAAGGCUUGCGAGCUGAAUGAGGAAGUGGCUCGUGGAGCGCUCUCCUCUGAUUGGAGCUUAGAAGGAGCUUCUGAUGGUGAUAUGAGAGCUCACCGUAUCUCCAAUGGAGAGCUCGCAGAUGAUCGAGAUAAACAUAUCGAAUCGCCAGACCACCAUCGUGGAGAUGAUGAUGGAUUUCUUGCGAAAAUGGAAGAAGAGAACGUCCCAGAAAAAGCUGUCGCCGAGGACCCUGCGAGCUCCGAGAGCAAGAAUGAAGAUGCGAACAUGGCCGCCGAGGAGCCUCCUACUUGUCCUGAGUGUAAGAAGACCUUCCCUUCAUUGAAAGCAUUAUAUGGUCACCUGAGAUCCCAUCCUCAGAGGGGCUACCGGGGAGCGAAUCGGCCACCUGAAGCGAAGAACAAGCUCCAAAGAGGCAUCGAUUCCUCAUCUGACCUCGCGUUUCCUGCUGCAAAGUGGUCGGUGACUGCGAAGAGAGGUCGCAAAGGUAUCAUCGAGUCGAACGACCCUGAAUCCAAUGCGGCUAGGAUUCUGCUGCAGCUAUCGAGGGGCAACGAUCUCGCGCCUACACCAACUCUACCGCGAGAAAUUGAUCGGCUUCGACAUAGGAACAGGAAAUCCAUACUGGCUGAUAUCAGAAUUGAGAUGGAUGAGGAAGACACAAAGGCUAAAGGACUGCAGCUGAAGGAUGCCAUGCAUUCUGAACUUAUGAAUGGGAAUGAAGAUGAUGAAAUGGAGGCUGGCAAUGAUGGAAACGUAGAAGCAUCAAGCAGCCCGUCGGCAUGCGGAAGAAAAGUGAAGAAGAAGAGGAUCAAGGAUCUGGAAUCGGCGGCGAACGAAGCAAGCCCACCAACUCGAGGUAGAAGGUACCACUGCAGCAGCUGCAACAGGUCUUUCUCUACCCACCAAGCACUGGGGGGUCACAGAGCUAGUCACAACAAGAACAAGAACAAUUCAGAGGAGGUGGUGGCCAUGGAUGGGAUGGAAGCCGAUGCCGAAGAGCUGGUCGAUUCAAAGGGUGCGGUGCCGAGAGCUGCGACCGCAGAGCAUCAAUGCACCCUUUGUCAUGCCUCGUUCCCGACAGGGCAGGCUCUUGGUGGGCACAUGAGGAGGCACUGGAAUGGCCCUGUGAAUCAUCCUCCACUUUUGCCGGCUGCACCGUCGACGCCGGCACCCUCGCCUGCACCAUCAUCAUCUGAGAGUGUUAAGGAGGCAAACAAAGGGUUGCUUGACAUUGACCUCAAUGAGCUACCAAAGCUUGAGGCUGAAGAACAGAUGAUAUUGGAACCUUCAAUCUAGUUUUGGUUAGUUGGCUAUAUUAAAAGCUCCAUCAAAUUUUGUGCUUUAGUUGACAGUGGAGCUGGUAAAAAACUUGGCUCUCUCUCUCUUCCCCUCCCUUGAUUACCAUAAAGCUUGUGCUUAUUUUCCCAGCCUCUGCAAAUGCCAUCUGAUGCAGCAGUUGGGUGACUGGGGAACAAUGGUGGCCUUUUCGCUUUUUCUUUUUCUUUGGUUUUUUUGGAGGAAGAACCAAUUUGAUAACUAAAAGCUAUA